AUGGAUGCAAACCUGAUUACUCUCACGGCGCUCAUGGCGGAUAGAGUUUCGUCGCCCGGAGCCAAUGGCACUUGGCUGGCGUCGGAGAGUAGCUCGGAGAGUGGUUCAGUGAGCUGCGAGGGUGAUUUAGUGAAACAGUCUGCGAGUUUAACGCUCACUAUAGCUGUAAAGUCAAUAGCCUCACUAGAGCCCGUGAUAAAGUGCGGGGGCUUACACGCUUGGCACAGAGAGGCGCGGGCUCGGCGGCCGGCGUGCUCAUAUUGA